AUGGUGUCUCAACCUCCCGUUUCCUCAGAUCUUUCUGCUACUCCAGGGCUGGAGGAUGAGGAGGUCCAGCAAAAGAUUUAUCCGUCUGGUCUUAAGUUUGCAGCCAUCAUGGUCGCUGUCUGUCUAUCUUUUACGCUGGUAGGCUUGGAUAGCAAUAUUAUUGCAACAGCCGUCCCGGCUAUGACUCGAUAUUUUGGCGUCAAUGAUAUUGCGUGGUAUAAUUCUAUCUAUCGACUCAUGUCGGGCUCGUUUCAGCUUAUGUUCGGAAAGCUCUACGCCAUGCUUCCGGAGAAGAUAUUGAUCCUCACAAGCCUCAGUAUCUUUGCUGCGGGAACUCUUGUGUGUGCUCUUGCACCAAGCUCGCCGGUAUUCAUUCUAGGUCGAGCCAUCACCGGCCUUGCUACCGCCGCUGUCAUAUCGGGGGCAUUUGCAAUGGUCAUACAUAUCACGCCGCUGCGGAAGCGACCAACGUAUGCCGGAAUCGGCGCUGCAACGGAGGCUGUGGCGUCUCUCACGGCUCCUCUCUUUGGUGGUCUUUUGACCGACCGAUUGAGCUGGCGAUGGUGCUUUUUUAUUCAACUACCUCUGAUUGUCGUUGCAUUCUGCAUUGUCAUUUUCUUUCUUGACUUGAGUGCUGGAAAGUCUAUCGGCGAUGAGAACUUGAUAUCAGUCCUGCGUAAGCUGGAUGUACUGGGAACAGCCAUAUUUGUGCCGGCUUUCACAUUGUUACUCCUAGCCCUACAAUGGGGAGGCAACAAGUACAAUUGGUCAGACUGGCGCGUCAUACUGCCAUUAUGCAUUUUUGCGGCCUUGUUCACGGUAUUCGUUUGGCAUCAAAGUCGUCUUGGUGAACAUGCAACUGUUCCGUUUCGCAUCUUGCGACGACGAAGUGUUCUCUUUGGCUUCCUGUUCAGUUCCUGCAAUAAUGGUUCACUGAGCGUUAUUGAAUACUAUAUGCCCACCUAUUUCCAAACCGUCAAAGGGCUCUCAGCAUCCAUGUCGGGUGUAAUGGUUCUUCCAACAGCGGCCGGCCUGGUGGUCUCGGUUCCUCUCGCAGGAUAUCUGACUACUUUGAUCGGAUAUUACAGCCCAUUCAUGCUUGUGAACAGUAUCAUGACGCCGCCUGCAACUGGGCUACUCACUACGUUGAAUGCUGGAUCAAAUAUUUGGACAUACAUGUUUUAUCAAACUUUGCUAGGUUUCGGCACCGGCAUUGGUUUCCAAGGCCCUCAAGUCGCCGUUCAAGCAACCUUCUCCGACUCGGACUCGCAGAUUGGCAUCGCUAUCAUUCAGCUUGCCCAGGCUAUUGGCCCAGCCAUAUGUGUUGCUGCAUCGCAGACCAUCUUCACGUCCAAAUUGCAUUCUUACUUAGCUCAAUUUGCUUCAAAACUAGACGUAGCCGAAUUGACCAGUCACGGUCUUACUAUUCCUGAAGGACUAAGCCCAUGGGAGCACACCGUAGUGGUCUCAGCUUACAGCCAUGCCCUCAACAACUCAUUCUAUCUCCCGGUUGCUUUAUCUUGUGUGACGCUCAUCGGCGCCCUCGGUGUUGAAUGGAAGUCUCUGAAGGGAACCAGAGUCCAAAAAGAAUAA